UUAAUGCUGUCUAUUAAUAAUUACCAAACGUUGAAUAAUUUGUUAAUACUUGAGAGGUACAAAUGGUAGGCAAUGUCUUAUUGCUUUGGUAGCGGUGCUUGUCAAUAUUGGCAUGAUUCUGCUAACAGUAAGAUAGCACUGUGAUGUUCCAGAUAGGACGUAGGAUUUCCAAGUUGAAUAAAAAAAUACUACACAUUUAAUGAAAAAUGUUUUUAUUGUUAAUGAAGCAUCAUAUAUACGGAUUUAUUUUUCAUAAGAUACGUAAUCCUUGCUUGGGGAAUCCUACAGGAAGAAGAGUCAACGGAAGUCAUGUCUGGCAAUCGCAGUGGCUAUGCAGUACCAUCAAUGUCGAGUCAAAGGAUGUUGGAUCAGCGUGGAAAGUAAAAGAGCUAGGAUGAGGAAUAAGAGAAAGUUUUCAUAUAUUAUAUUUACUUGUAUACUCUAUCCUGACAUGAACCAAUAAUAAAUUGAGGAUCCUUA